GUGGGUGGUAAUGAGACUCAUCUAGAUUAGGUCUCUUUCAAGCUGUUUUGUGAUUGAGCUGGACUAGUAAUGUGUGGUGACGGGACAUGCAUACAGGGACCUAGACAUGUUCACAGGCUUUAGAUGAGCUGCUCUGAAGAGGCAAGGAGGGCACGUCUUAAAGAUUAGUUGUACACAUGCAUGGUCUCUGAACAGCAGACGACCUUGGAGAGAAGGAGGCUGCAAAAGACACAGUAAGCUGCAAGAGACAGUUUUACAGGAUUUAAAAAGAAGAGCACAGAUACAAGUGCAAUCCUGUAAACAUACUGAAGAACUAGGCCUGCACAAAGAUCUGCUCUGAAUUCAUGUAGCCAAUAACAUAAAAUAGUUCAAGGAAAACCCUCUGUCUACCUUAAAGAAUCAACUAUUUGAUCAGUUAGGAUUAAGCAAGCAUGAGGCCAAACUUGCAUCCAACAUGCGCCGUACUAGUACUAAAGACCAAAAGCGAAUGGAUUUUAUCAUUCUUAUAUGCCAUCUGUCUUUCUGUAUGUGCCGGUACUGGAAUUCCAGGUUCAGACUACAACUCCCAUCCUCGUUUUAUAUGUACCCCUAUUCCUGCCGAUGCUGAUCCCGGGUGUUUCCCCACAGCGGGUGGCCCAGGUGGCCCCAGUAAUGGGCACCACAGUGGACCAAAUGGGAACAGCAAUGGCUGGUGGGGUAUGUCCGAGGAGACAAAAGCAACCAUUCUGCACCUGCGUGAGAAUUUGGUCCAGCAGAAGGAGACCAUCCUGGACCAGCGGGAGACAAUCCGGGAGCUCACGGCCAAACUGAAUUUGUGUGAAGGCUUCAACCGUGGCAUGGGCAACCAUGACGACCACCCACACCACACACCUACACACCUGGCCCACCAUGCCCACCACGCCUACCCGCCAACAUCUGAUAACAAUCACCUCGGGUGGGUGGUUCCUGAUGGUCAUCACGGCAACCAUGGAAUGGAACCUGUACAUUAUGGGGAUGGGGUCGGGGGGCAUCACCAUGGGAAAAGCACAUUGACUGAGAAGCACAUCACAGGGGAGAUGACCCCUUCAGCCUCAUCUACGCCGGAGCAGAUCAGCAGGAUGCUUCAGACCUUAAAGGAGCAGCUAGCAAACCUGCAGACAAGAAACACCUCCAGCACCUACUCCAGUUCACUGAAGGAUCUCCUGCAGAGGAAGAUCAACGCCCUAGAACAACAGAUGCAACACCAUUCUGCAUCGCUAGCCAGUGCCAAUCACGGUGACCACGAUGAGGAUGACAGUCACCAUGACGAUGAUCAUGACAGCCAUCACGAGGACCAUCAUGAUGACCGAGACCACGAUGAUCACGAUGGUCCCCAUGAUGAGAGUCACCAUGAUGUGCACCAUGAUGAUGAUCACCAUGACGAUGAUCACCAUGAUGACGAUCAUCACGAUGACAGUCAACAUGAAGAUAGCCAUGAUGACAGCCACCAUGAUGUCAGCAGGCAUGACAAUGGGCACCAAAACAAUGGUCACCAUGAUAACAGCUACCAUGACAAUGAGGUUUCUGGACAUAGCCUAGGGAGGUUGCCGUAUCAGUUACAAGGACACAGAGAAGGACCAAAUGAGGUGCACAGCAAGUUGGAUGCAGUGCUAAAUCAUCUGCAGCACAGGCUUGCUGACACAGGCUCUAGGAAGAAGAGCAAGCCCACUGAAGCUUUCCAGAUUGGCUUCCCCAUGCGAACUAACUACAUGUAUGGCCGUGUAAAGCGUUCUCUGCUGCAUGAGAUAUUUUCCUUGACUCUGUGUCUGUGGAUGAAGGCUGGCAUCGGGCCUGGACUAGGAACACCCUUCUCCUACUCUGUCCCGAGUCAGGCCAACGAGCUGGUUCUCAUUGAGUGGGGCAACAACCCUAUGGAGCUGCUGAUUGAUGACACAGCUGUUACUCUACCCCUCUCUUUGAAUGAUGGUAAAUGGCAUCAUGUGUGUGUGACAUGGUCAACACGGGACGGGAUGUGGGAGGCCUACCAGGAUGGAGUGAAGAGAGGCUCAGGAGAAAACCUCUCCCCUUGGCACCCCAUCAAACCUGGAGGGGUCUUUAUACUGGGACAGGAACAGGACACUCUGGGUGGUCGUUUUGAUGCUACGCAGGCGUUUGUUGGUGAAAUCUCAGAUGUUCAGAUGUGGUCUCAUGUUCUCACACCUCAUAACAUCUACAGUCUGGCUUCUUGUGGAGGCCACAUCACUGGUGACAUCAUUGCCUGGUCAGAGUCAGUGGUGGAGCUGCAUGGAGGGGUCACUAAAUACCCCUUUGACCCCUGUCACUGAAGUCAAGAGUUUAUAAUGCUCAGGCAAAUAGACAAUUUUUUUUUACUAUCAUUGAAGUGCAAAAUGUAAAAAUGCAAAUCCAAAACUUGUUUUAAAGCACUUUGAAGACUUUUAAUGCAAAACUCAGACAUUACUACUUCAAAUAUAUUGCCUUCUGUUUACAAAAGACACUUGAAUGGCCCCAUGACUUCUAGGACUUCUAGUCCUAUGUCUUGUGUCCAUUUAUUUAUGUAACUAACGUUUUCUUACUACACUUUUUCUUUUUAAAUUGUAAUUCUUCUUCUUAAAUGACACUUUAGUGUCAUUCAAUAUUUUGUUGCAAGUACAUGACAUAUUGUCAUAACUUGGAUAGAAAAGCAUAGACCCAAAUAAAUCGGAUGUGAGAAAGCUAAACUGAAGUUUUAUUGGUGUAUAAAAAUGUAGAUGUUUUGUGCAAAAAUAGAAAACCACAAGGCUCUAUGUGAGCAGUCAGUCGAAUUUAAUGGAUUUGUUUUCUUGUACUGUAAGAAGAAUCUACAAAAGAUACAGCGAUACCAAAGAGAAGAGUUAAAUACUGCUGUUAAAAACAACCAGUUGAUCAGAAUAUCCAUGAUUACGGUUUUUGUGUUUGUAAAUGAAUGUUUUUUUCUUUCUAAGUAACAAUCUAAUUGACAUAUUUCUAUUCUGAUGUUAAAAUGUUUAGCCACAUCUAAAUAAGCAGCCAGAACUUGAACUGUCUUUAGAAUUUAGUCAUACUUUUGUAAAUGCCUUGAGCUGUUGAUUAGAUGUUGUGUAGUAAUUUGCUUAAAUUCUAAAUAAUGUAUUUCCCUCCACACUUUUAAAUGUAUUAAUAAUUCAAACGACAGAUUUCCACUGUAAAUGUGCUUAUCUGAACUGUUUAUUACUGUUUAUAACUCUUGCUGUUAAUUAAAUUGUUUUCAUUUGUUUACAGAGUUGAAAGCAGAAAUGCAAUAAAGGGAGUGAAUUUUAGAAAUUAAAAAUCACAACAUGGUUUCUG